GCUCCCUGGUGUGGCUUCUCGCAGCCUUGUCUGUGGCCCAUGGGGACUGUAAUAACUCACUGACAACGUCACUGAUCAAGAACCAACUCAGUUCUCUAGAGAAAGCCAUCAACAUGUUGGACAAUGUCUCUAAAUGUACAUGUCCCUCCAAAGACCAAGUCGUUUUUCACGCAGAAAUGGGUUCCAGUAAAACCUAUCAUAGGACCUCAGUUUGGGUCUAUGAUAUAGUGGUCACCAAUGUAGGAAAUGCCUACAAUCCAAGCACGGGAAAAUUCACUGCACCUACAAAUGGUAUCUACCAAUUCAACUGGUAUACUUUGAGUGAUCCUAAAGUUACGUCACAUCCAGGGUUGUUUGUAAAUGGACAAAUAAAAGCGCGCCAGGCAGCAAACAACAAUGGUGGUACUAGCCAAUAUAUCACAGCUGGUAGCAGCAUGGCCCUCCCACUGAAAAAGGGUGAUGUAGUUUGCAUUAUGGAUGUGUAUGGAGGGACGGCUACAUUACGAAGUCAGUGGACGGCGUUUGGUGGCCAACUGGUCACCAUUUCUUUCUUUUUGUGGGUUCUGGGCUUGUCUAUAGUCCGUGGUAACUGUAACAACACACUGACGACGUCAUUAUUCCAGAACCAACUCAGGCUGCUGGAGAAACUCAUCAACCUGUUGGAUGUUUCCAAAACUUCAAAAAGUCCAGUAGUUUUCCACGCAGAACUGGGUUCAUAUAAAACCUACCAUCACGGCUCUAUCUGGGUCUAUGACAAAGUAGUUACCAAUGUAGGAAAGGCCUACAAUCCUAGCACAGGGACAUUCACCGCACCGACAGACGGGAUCUACCAGUUCAAUUGGUAUACUAUGAGUGAUCCUAAAACAAUGUCGCAUGCCGGGUUGUUUGUAAAUGGAGCAAUAAAAGCUCGUCAGGCAGCAAAUAACAAUGGUGGCAGUGGUCAGUGGUUAACAGCGGGUAGCAGUAUUGCCCUACCCCUGCACAAGGGAGAUGUCGUCUACAUAAAGGAUGUCUAUGGAUGGAAAGCACAACUACGAAGUCACUGGACAGCGUUUGGUGGCGUACUGAUAAAAUGACAUUUCGUCUGUUCAGGUUUGUAAGGGUGAAAUAAAGAAAAACUACUAGACUAAAUAUUAAGCUUUAUCUUUGUACAUAUUAUAUCAGAAAGUAUUGACAAGGCCGGGGGAUGGAAAACAAUCAAGUUGGGAUAAAAAUAUAAACCAUCACAAAUUAUGAGAUUUUGUUUUACCACGUUUUACCCAAAACUUUUUAUUAAGGUCAAGAUGUAAAUAAAAAGGUGCCAACAGGUUAAUGAAAUUCAAGAUAAAAAUUUUCUCAAGGACGCUUCAUAACAAUUUUAUAGCUUUGUUUGAUAAGGAGUACCUUGGCUUCAAUUUUGGUAAACUCAUUGAAACAAUCAUGUUUUAAACUGUCAUUUUCUAUGAAAUAUGAAGGAAAAAAGUAAUA